GAUCUGCGGCGACCCCGAGGUGCACGCCUGCCGUGACUUUCCUCCACGCUCACUCUUCUUGUCGCGCACGGAGUCAAAAAGGAGACUGUUCGAAGGAACAGAACCUCUCUACUUGGAAUACUACAGGGGUUCCACGCUUUUACGCGAUCCGAAUGUCGUCUCAGUUUCGCUGCUUAUCCAUCUCUAUUCUAUGAUAUCUCUCUUGGCAACUCUCGUUCAAACCGUUUCUUAAAUCAUCACUGUCGUUUCCAUCGCCCCCCAUGUUUCGCAACAGGACGUCGCAGAAGCCAGAUGAGGAGCUCAUCUGCAACUUCAAGAAAUCGUUUCCCAACGUUGUCGCAGGUGUUACUUUCACCGGUGCCGGCCCUCCAGAGCAAGGAAUCAUGGAACCGGGGAUGCCAGCAAGGGUUACGGAACCAGAGGAUAUUAAGGUCAAUGACCCUACGCCGCGAGCACUGCAAGACUUCCGAUUUACCCCGUCUCUCAUGGACCCGAAUUCCGUCGCCUUCAUGUCAUUCGCCAACCAGCCGCCCGGUUACUACACGCCGACCCCUGGUGGCAUGACAACUCUCUAUCAUAGCUCAGCAGGCGACCUACACACUCCUACUCUCGGCCUAAACUUGACCACGCCUAUGUCGCUGCAAAAUCCCGUAUCCGGACCUCUUCCUGUGGAUCCAACAGUGGAGAUGAAUCUUCACUUGCAGCACCAUUUUCUUCCGCAGCAGUUUCAGAACCUCAAUCCUUUCGCUCAGGCAGCUUCCUUUGCCCCGAACACAUUCAUACAUCACGGCGACUCUGGCUACGAUCCCAUGGAAGAUGACGCGGCAAUGGACGACAUGAAUAUGCCGGCGAACCCGUUACAUGUGGUGACCGCCUCAGAUUACUCUGGCAUGCAUUCUCCGAUCGAAGGAGAAAAAUUCCGCUAUAAUGUGACUCUUCGUGCACCCACAGCCAUGAUCAAGCAUGCAGACGAAAUUCCGGUAACAUAUCUGAACAAAGGCCAGGCGUACUCGAUAUCCGUGGUUGACUCAGCGCCGGUGCCAAUGGAUGGGACCCCGAUCAAGUACCGGACAUACGUGCGCGUGUCCUUCGAGGAUGAGCAGCAACGGACAAAGCCCGCUGCCUGCUGGCAACUAUGGAAGGAAGGCCGUGGAUCGAAUGAAGCUCACCAGAGAGGCGGAAAGCUGUUGGCAGUUGAGUACGUGGAUCCGAUCCAGGGGGGAGAUGAUCAACACCGUCACCCGCAGAUCCAAUUGGAAAGCGCUUCUUUUGAUGGAUUCUGUGUAACCUGGACACCCAAUCCGGCGACCGGGGCCUCUGAUUGUGCCAUCUCAGUCCGCUUCAACUUCCUCUCGACCGAUUUCAGCCACUCCAAGGGCGUCAAAGGCAUCCCCGUUAGACUAUGUGCUAAAACUGAGAUGCUCUCGACUGGCAGUCCGACGUCCAACGCUGCUACUGAGGCGGAGGUCUGUUACUGUAAAGUGAAGCUGUUCCGUGAUCAUGGUGCUGAGCGCAAGUUAUCCAACGACGUGGCACAUGUCAAGAAGACAAUUGACAAGCUCAAGCAGCAGAUUGCACAGGCUGAGAUGGGAGCGGGUAGUUUCGGGAAGCGGAAGCGCAGCAGUGGCUCGAUUGCCAUGAAAGCCUCCGAUAACAGGCCGGUCAAGAUCCCGAAGCAUAAGAGGACUUGGUCUAUAGACUCGCAAACUGAAAGCCCGGGAAAGCUCCCCGCAGAGGAAGAUCUUCACCUGAAGUUAGCAAUGUUGCAAGAUAUGUUCUCGUCGACUAGGCCCGUGAGUGUGCUUAGCCUACGAGGCGAUGAACAGGAUGAUCCGGACCUGUUCCCGGUCGCGUUACCCGGCGAACCAUACGAUAUCACGAAGUUCGAAGCACUCUCCCGUCAAAGCACUCGGGAAUCUAGACCUAGUUUUGACGCGACAUCGGGAACUUCAGUCAUGUCGCCUACGAGCAGUAGUGUCUCGCUGAAUUCCCCACAUCGCCCCUCUUAUCGUCAGCUGUCAAACGUCCAUUCUUACCAGGUAUCGCGAGAUAACUCUCGUGAGCGUGCUAGCAUUGGUGCGCAGAAGGUACUGCUCAGCCAUCCCAUCAAAGUCCAGAAGGUUCCUUCUGAAGGCUCGAACGUAUCAAGCGGAUAUAUUGAGGCCGUUGAUAUAGAUCCGACCUAUCGCCCCCCUUCCGAACGUCCAGCUAGACCGAUUGCAUGUUUCUAUGUCCGUUUCCCGAAUCUGGGCGACGGCGAUGAUUACUACCGGGCAAUCUACCUCACUGAACGAACUGCUCGGGACUUCCUGAGUAAGAUUACAGAGAAACAAAAAAUGGACCCUGAGCGAGUCGUCCGUGUCCUACGGAUAAACUCCAAGGGUCUCAAGAUUAUGGUCGAUGACGAUGUAGUGCGAGAACUGCCUGACGGUCAAGAUAUGGUCGCUGAGAUCUCGGAAGCCUCAGCGUUUGAGGAGCCCGUCACCGAUCCCUCUGCGGUAGAGAUCAAGUUGACAUAUUAACGAGCGAACGGCAUCACUUCCGGUCGAGGCUGCACAUGCGUCGUUAAGAUUGUCUCUACAUCUUUCGCUUCUCUGCCUCUGUGUCAUUCUCGACUUGACGGACCCGGCAAUCUUGGACCUCCAGCGGGCAUUCGCUGGCCACAUUUGCUUUCCUGUGAUGAGGGCUG